GCGGUGACAGCUGCCGCGGGCAGCCUCCGCCUCUUCGCCGCGGGCUCUGGGCCGAGCAGCAGCAGCAGCGGCAGCAGCAGGUAUCGAGCAGCUCGUCGAUCAAUUACGACAUACCUGCAGUCAACAAUGUUUUCCAAGCUAAUCCGCUCCCAGAGCCUUGCUGCUCUCUGCAGAGGUGUUCAUACUUCACUGAACUCUGCUACCUCAGUUGCUACAAAGAAAACUAUUCAAGGACCUCCAUCUUCUGAUUACAUCUUCGAGCGUGAGGCGAAAUACGGUGCCCACAAUUAUCACCCACUGCCUGUCGCUCUGGAGAGGGGAAAAGGUGUUUAUGUGUGGGAUGUCGAAGGCAGAAAGUAUUUUGACUUUCUAAGUGCUUACAGUGCUGUCAAUCAAGGCCACUGUCACCCAAAGAUUGUGAACGCUCUGAAAGCUCAAUCUGAAAAACUGACCCUGACAUCUAGAGCAUUCUAUAACGAUGUGCUUGGUGAAUAUGAGGAGUUUGUCACCAAAAUGUUCAACUAUAACAAAGUUCUUCCAAUGAACACAGGAGUGGAAGCUGGAGAAACUGCCUGUAAGUUGGCUCGCAAGUGGGCAUACACUGUGAAAGGAAUUCCAAAAUACAAAGCAAAGAUUAUUUUUGCAGCUGGCAACUUCUGGGGCAGAACAAUGUCUGCUAUCUCAAGCUCUACAGACCCCUCCAGUUAUGAUGGAUUUGGACCCUUUAUGCCAGGUUUUGAAUUGAUCCCUUACAAUGACCUCCCAGCUCUCGAGCGGGCUCUUCAGGAUCCCAACGUGGCAGCUUUCAUGGUGGAACCAAUUCAAGGGGAAGCAGGUGUGAUCGUUCCUGACAAAGGUUACCUGACGGGAGUACGGGACCUCUGCACAAAGCACAACGUUCUGUUCAUUGCUGAUGAAAUACAGACUGGAUUAGCCAGAACAGGGAAAAUGCUAGCUGUUGACCACGAGAAUGUGAGACCUGAUAUAAUUCUUCUUGGAAAGGCACUUUCUGGUGGCUUAUAUCCUGUCUCAGCAGUGUUAUGUGAUGAUGAAGUUAUGCUGACUAUUAAGCCUGGUGAACAUGGAUCUACGUAUGGAGGAAAUCCCCUGGCCUGUCGUGUUGCACUGGCAGCACUGGAGGUAAUUGAAGAGGAAGGCCUGGUUAAAAAUGCAGAAAUAAUGGGUAACAUACUAAGAAAUGAGCUCAUGAAGACACCGUCUGACAUUGUAACCUGUGUCAGAGGAAGAGGACUCUUAAAUGCAAUUGUGAUUCGAGAAACCAAAGACUACGACGCCUGGAAGGUGUGCCUGCGGCUGCGCGAUAACGGGCUCCUCGCCAAACCCACCCAUGGCGACAUCAUCCGGCUGGCCCCGCCGCUGGUCAUUAAGGAGGACGAAAUCAGAGAGUGCAUUGAAAUCAUCCAUAAGACCAUCCUGUCCUUCUGAACACGUGGCUUUCGAAGUGUGCUUGUUGGCUGACCCGAGGCGAUCAGUUGAAAUGUGCGGGAGGACUGCUCGUCAAGCAGACGCCUUUGGUUCAUCUCAUCUAAAGAGGACUUGGCUUUUUAAAAUGAACAAUAAAAAGGGUGGGGGGAAAAAUAUCCAUGUCUUUAAAUAAAAAUGGCCCUGAAGAACACAAGUAACUAUUUCAAAGAGCUUCCAAUCUUGGACUACUUGGAAAUGAAAUUGCAAGGUUCUGUUUAUCUAGUUGGUGCUUACUGAACUGCUCAAUCAGAAUAUAUGAGGGGAGAUGCUCAUAGAAAUCUGUUUAAUUCUUGAAAAUCUUGGCUAAAGUUCAACAUAUAAAUUGAUAUAUAUUUGAAUAAGGGUGGUCUUGAGCUCUCAUAGAACUGACCAGUCUGAUGUAGUCUCUCUCUCUCACAUCUGGCAUUUUUCUCUCCUGGUGUAAUGUCUGAUGUGUGGAAGCGCUUGAAGUUAUGGCUGAAUUUCUGUUUCUCAUUUGUAGCUUAAAAAAAAUAAUUCUGUAGGUUUGACAGACCAGUUGUUACACUGGUGUACAAUCAUCAGGCUGUAUUCUGUGUGUAAAGUAUUUUGAUUGUAUAACAAGAGUUGCUAUUUUCUAGGCUGGUCUCAGUGUUUGGCUUUGCAGCCUUGUAAAAUAGAUCUGAGUAUACAGAUCUGUUUUCACUGUUAUAAAACUUUCUAUAAUCUGAAUGUUUAUAUUACAACAUGCCUUGCAUUAAAAAGAAUGUGCAAUUUAAAUCUGCAAAGCAUUAAAAACAGCAAGCCUCACA